CUCUGAUUCAUUGCAUUUUGUAGCAAACUAAUCGCUGGAUUUUUAUAUAAGACGCGAUGACGGUUUCAAUAAAGAGAUCAACUUCCAAUUCUGACUGCUUCACCCGUCAACGUCGUGAUGUCUUCAAGCAACACAAGUAAUGAGGCCUUUAAAGAGGUUGACACAUUUCAUGGGGCGGAACGCUCCGAGAGGAAUGAUCCCGUUGUCACUGCCACCAAACCAGAUCUCCCUCCAGAAGGAGGCACUCGUGGAUGGAUUUGUGUGGUUGGGGCAUUCAUAUGCUUAUUUUGCACUUUCGGCUUUUUGAAUGCAAUCGGUGUCUUCCAGACGUACUAUGAACAGCAUUCUCUGAGCAGCUAUAGCUCUUCCGAUAUCUCAUGGAUCUUUGCGGUCCAAUUGUGUUUGAUGUGGGCCAUGGGCCCCCUCUAUGGCCGUCUUCUCGAUACCUUCGGUCCUGGCCCGGUGCUUUACCCGUGCAGUGUACUCUGCGUGUUCGGUCUAUGCAUGACAAGCCUGGCAGAUGAGUACUAUCAAAUUUUUCUUUCGCAGGGAAUUGUUUUUGGAAUCGGUGCCGGAGGUGUGUUCACAUCUGCGAUGGUUUGUGUUGGCCAAUGGUUUGUCCAAAGACGAGGGUUGGCUCUCGGUAUCACGGCGUGUGGCUCGAGCUUAGGUGGUGUCAUUUUCCCUUUCUUCCUGAAUCGUAUCGUUGAGGAGAAGGGCUUCUAUGGUGCUGUCCGCUACACUGCUUUGUUCAUUGGUAUUCUGUUGACGGGUUCUUGCUUUAUGGUGCGAUCCAGGCUGCCGCGAAAAGCAUGGAAUGGCAAAGCGCAGUGGUUCGACUUUACUUUAUUCAAGGAAAAGCAAUUCGCCCUAUACAGUCUGGGCGCCUUCUUUUUUAUGUGGGGACUCUGGGGUCCAUUUGAUUACCUCCCAAGCAUGGCCCAGGCAGAGGCUGGCUUCUCUUCGGAUCUUGCACUUUAUCUGAUCUCAAUCAUCAAUGCGACUUCCAUACCCGGCCGUAUCAUUCCUUCCCAUAUCGCAGACCAUAUCGGUCAUUUCAAUGUCGUCACCGCGUGCGCAUUAACGACUGGAAUCUCAAUUCUCUGCCUCUGGCUACCCUUCCACUAUUACCCGUCCCAUGCAGGACUGAUCGUUUUCGCCCUCGUUUAUGGAUUCGUGUCAGGGGCCGUUGUCUCGUUGAUCAUGCCCUGCGUUGCCAAAUCCGGGAAGCUGGAGACACUAGGUGUCCGAUUCGGAACAUUCCAAAUGGUCGUCGCUCUCGGUUGUCUGACUGGCCUUCCUAUAAUGGGCGCGAUUCUGAAGAAUCAGGGUGGAAAGGACUUCGCUGGGCUGCAAAUCUUUGGUUCGGUUUCUGCGCUACUUGGCGCGAGUUUCUUAGCCAUGUCGACUUAUUUUAUGGCCAAGUCGCGCGGGACUUGGCGAAUCUAAAGGUCGGGGAAGGAGGCAGUCCCUUAAUGAUUAGGCUAUAACACUCUGCAGAAUUCAGUAUACAUAAUAUGUAUAGUGUAUGAUUGCAC